UUUUUUUUUUUUUUUUUUUUUUUUUUUUGGAGUCGCUACUUUCGUCCUGGUGUGUCUCGGAGUAUCACGUACUUGAUUUUCAUUAAGGCUGCUCCAGUGAUAGAGUUCCAUGCCAUUGUCUGUCGCUGCAUUAUUCGAUCGGUGUGAUGACAUUGGAACCAUUUGGUGAACUUGAGGGUGAAAGUUCGUGAGGGAGAAUUUUCCAGCCGCGGAUUUGCCCGGCAAAUUGCUAUUCUAGGAUAGAGGAAGCAGCUGUGGGAGAAGCGAAUUCAUUAGCAUUCUGGUGUCUGUGUAGUGAGUGAUUCGCCAUUGGUGAUGUUUUCGUAGACCAGUCGAAAGGAUUUGAUGCCAAUCACAUCUAUAUGUAGGUUACGGUUUUUUUUUUUUUUUUUUUUUUUUUUUUUGUCCCUCCGUGACAGGAUCGGAACAAAGCUAGUACUUCCUGGGGUUGAGGAUUGCUUCGAGUGGGGAUUCUGUAUACUAGAGAGACCGUCUGUUCAUCUGGGAUCCAUGGUCUAAAGCGCAGAUAUUCUGCAGGCACUUCAUCGCAUGUGUUGAUGAUGCUGUGAGGGAUGACUUAAGUGUACCAGCAAUCGUCUUAAAGAUCACUGGUUUUGAUUUUAGGCGAAAUACAGGACGGAACAGAUCCAAGUACUGUCGUUUACAUAGCAGAUCUGAGCGCUGUAAUAGAGAUUCGAACUUGAGACAGAGGGUCGGCAAUGGAGGAUUGUGAGGGAGGCUGGGAGGAGCUGCGCAAGGAGGCACGGAAAAUCGAGGGUGAUCUCGAUGUCAAGUUGUCUUCUUACGCGAAGCUUGGAGGAAUGCUUUCCCAUGGAGGUGAUGCUCGAGUGGAGGGAUCAUGGAAGUCCAUGGACACGGAGAUUGAAUUACUACUGGAGAAGUUGCUGGAUAUUAAUGAUUCAAUGAGCCGAUGUGUGGCGGCUGCUACUUCCACCACCUCCGUUACGCAGAAACUUGCUCGACAUCGGGAUAUUCUGCAUGAGUUCACUCAGGAGUUUCGACGAACACGAAAUAACAUAAAUUCCAUGCGGGAGCAUGCAGAGCUCCUGACCUCUGUUCGUUCUGACAUCAGUGAUCAUAAGGCUUCAGGGAGUUCUUCACCAGCAGCAAGCUUGCUGAGGGAACGUGGAGCAAUCCAUGGCAACAUUGCUCACAUGGACGAAGUUAUUACCAUAGCUCAUACAACAAAAGUGGCACUGGGGGCACAACGAACAACAUUUAUGGAAAUUCAGGGGAAAGUAAAGCAACUGGGGGAUCGGUUCCCUGCUAUUCGAGGCGUAUUAGGUGCAAUCAAGCGGAAAAAAUCUAAGGAUACUUUAAUUUUAGCAGGGGUUAUUACUGCUUGCAUUCUUUUUCUUAUCAUAUACUGGUUGUCCAAAUAGAUGUCUCAAAUUAGAUGAUUUCCCAGAUCAAAACUGUAACACUUUUGAAAUGAUCGUUUUAUUACGUUCAUUAGUGUAAUUUAGAUUACAAAUGGAACUGCCAAAUCCUACUGAAAAGUGCCUACAGCAGGCUGUGUCUAUUCGGUGUAAUCUAUUGAUUUUUUCUCGGUUCAGCAAAGAGGCAUGUUCAAUAUGAAGGGAUUUAAUUCUUCAUUUACUGUACUGAAAGAAA